CUCUAUUUUAUAUUUUUCAGAAAUCUAUUUGAUCUAAAUCUACGAAAAAUUGCAAUUUUUUGUUAUCGAAUCUUACAUUAAAUUCCUUCAAGAUAUGUUCUCCAUAGGUGCUAAUUUAAUAAAUAACUCAUUUACUUCCAUUGUGAAAUUUAUUUAAAGGGGAAAUUUCUUAUUUUAACUUUUACCCAAAAAGUUAGUACGAUUUUAAAUAGGAGGGAGUAACGCGCGCUUUUUGACUUUUCUGUUGGUACUAGUCUGAACAUGUAACGAUUUCGAUCAGAGAAGUUAGGCUAGGGUUUUAAUGAUAACGUACUCGUUCCUUGCUAGUGAAAAAAAUUUUAUUUGCUGCCAUCUAGCGAAGAAAUUUUAUUAUAAACAAGCGCACAGACACAAUUAAAUUUCGUAGGUAUCUGUACAUCACACUAACACUAUUGUAGUCGGCUUAUAGCAAUUGCCGUAGUAUGUGGUUCGGUACGAGUCUCGUAAUAAAACAAAUUUAUAUGAAAUAUAUAAUUUGAAUAUAAAUAUACACGUAAUAAAUAGUGAAAAUAUUUAUUUACAUUGUACAAAUUGCAUUUACAAAAAAUUAUUUGUGAAAUUCUUAUUGAUAAAAUUAAUGAUAAAGUUCUGUAGUCUUAGUAGCAUUCUACCAUAAUUUUGAUCUUACGAUAUAUAUGCAAUAUAUUUGAUGAUACAAUAUAUAUUAGCAUAUUUUUAUUGUUAUAUUUUCUAAAAUGGUUUUUUAUAUAUACUGUCACAUAUGUAAAUUCAAUGUGAAAUGAAUUAUUAACGAAUUUUGGAGUCUCAAUAUAUUACAAGUAUGUUUUCAACGGAUCAAUCUAAAACUUCAAAUAAUCUUCCAAUUCAGGAAGAUAAAAGAGUUUUUAUAAAUGAUACAGACUGGGAUAAAAUAGCUGUAUAUUUAAUAGGAAAUCAACAAAGAUUUAGAGAAAAUAUUAUUAUACCAAGAAUGAUAGGACCUGUACAAAUUAAAACUAAUGAAGAAAAAAUGGUGGAAAGAGCGAUGGAAAGUUGUGCUUUUAAGAGUAUUAUGAGCUGUGUACUUGGAUAUGGAUUGGGAGCUGCAAUAGGUUUAUUUUCAUCAAGUGUAAAUCCAAAUAUCACAAGUGUAGAAAAACAACAAACUGCACGCGAAAUAUUCAGAGAAAUGAAAAUGACGACACUCAGUUAUGCUAAGAAUUUUGCUGCUGUGGGUUGUGUAUUUUCAGCCGUUGAAUGUACUAUAGAAUCUUAUAGAGGUAAAACCGAUUGGAGAAAUGGUACUUAUGCAGGUGGUGUAACAGGUGGCCUAAUAGGCUUAAGAGCUGGCAUAAAAGCAGGACUGAUAGGUGCUGCAGGCUUUGCAGCAUUUUCAACAGCAAUAGAUUAUUACAUGCACAGGUCAUAAACAAUGUUUAAUAGAAUUACAACUCGUGUAUUUCUAUAGAAAAGAUAUAAAAGCCUGCGUAUAUUGCGCAUAUUUAUAAUACAUACAAAAGCAUGAAACAUGUUUAUAUUGUAUAAAUAGAUAUAAAUGCUUAGAAAUAAGUACAAUGGUCAAGGUAUAAAAUAUGUGAAAAAUUGA